UCGAAAUUCCGUUUCUAUUGUGCGCAUAUCGCGUUGACAUACAGGUUAAUUGCUUUGUCCGUCGGUCUGUGUCUCCCAAUUAUCCAAGAGUAUUCGAGUUGCACAAACAAAAUCAUGCAUUUGCAAGUAAACGUUCAAUCGGAUAAGAUUCUUCAGCGAAUUAAAAAAUGGGAAAGUUAAUUAUAAUUCUAACAUACUUGAUAGCCUGUUUAGGAUUACACUUAAUUAUAUGCGAUAAUUACUGUGAAAUUAAUUCACGACAGUUACCAUAUUACAAAUUAAUGAAAUCUAACGCCCGUUCGAAUCAGUUAAUACUCUCACAGAAAACAGUGCAAAAUGUGAACGAGUGCAGGAAGUUCGCUUCGGUGAAGAAGGCUUUGGCAUUUAAUUAUGGUUUAGACGAUGACUAUGAAUUGAAUAUUGGCGUUCAGAAUAAAAGUAAAACAACGAGGAAAAUAUGCCAAGCGCUUCAAUGUCCUGAGAUUUACAAUUUUACUACGCUUGUGAAGGAUAAGAAUUAUAAAUAUUACAGCACAUAUCCCAGCUUCAUACCAACCGGUUCUAGCUUCACACUGGUCUGCGUUCCUAGGACAGGGAUAUUUGUAUUUUCAAGCGAUAACUUGAAUUACAGCCAAGCACGAACAGCUUGCCAAAAAAUAAAUGCAUCGCUGGCUCACAUAAUCAGCGAGGAACGUACUAACGGGCUUGCAAAAUACAUUUCGCCAAACACACCUACUUUUGUCGGACUCAGUAACCGUAGGAAUGGAAAAUUUUGGAUGAACGAAUUUGACGAACCACUUUUAUGUUUUAAUUAUCGAGCAUGGGGAAGGGGACAACCAUCGCAUUCAAAAGGAUGUGUCACUCUGGUACAACCACCUCAAUUACAACUUGGACCUUUUUGGAAAGUUGUUCCUUGCGGUAGUGUGUUAUCUUUUAUCUGUGAAAUUUCACCGAUCUAUUCAUAUUUGCAUAGCUAGAAACUUUGAAAUUUACAAGCAAACAUAUUAAUAGGUAGCAGUUUCAACUACACAUAUAUGUGUGAAAAAUUAAAAUAAAAUAAUAUAUUAUGCUUUAAAUGCUUUUAAUACACACAUUCGAAUGUACUAUUUAUUAAAGAAUACUCGAAAUAAAUAU